AUGGCCUCGAAAACCUUGCAAUCGCCGAAGGUCGCGGUGCCGAGUUCGAAUCAAGCACGCGGCAAACAGAACUAUAUAGGAGUCCAGAAGAAGCCUUGGGGGAAGUUCGGAGCACGGAUCCGAGUCCCGAGCCAGAACAGCAAGCAAAUCUGGCUCGGAAGUUAUGAAACCGAUAUCGAUGCUGCGAGGGCCUACAACGAAGCCGCCUUGGAGCACCACACAAAGCCGACCCUCAACGUCCUUCCCGAUGGCAAGAAGGAGGAGGUGGAAGGGGACAACGGGGUCAUCGUGAAGAAGGAGGAGCUGGAAGGGGACAACAAGGUCAUCGUGAAGGAGGAGGAGCUGGAAGGGGACUACAAGGUCAUCGUGAAGGAGGAGGAGCUGGAAGGGGACAACGAGGUCAUCGUGAAGAAGGAGGAGCUGGAAGGGGACUACAAGGUCAUCGUGAAGAAGGAGGAGCUGGAAGGGGACUGGCCCGAGGAGUAG